UUCACCGGGGUCGCAUUAAACAACGGAACUAGCAAUCUUGUUUGGUUGUAUUUAGCCUUACAUCGAUAACUUUCCAGUUGUAAAUGAGACCAAAUAAAAUCCAUAUUAUUUUUUGAGUCAUAAUCAUUGUAUGUACGCUGUACAGAAAACCGGAUACUAGUUUUAAAGAUUAAGGACACAGGCAGUGCCGUUUUAACAGCUCGUUCAUGUGUUUUGCUGGCAGCUGCAACGGUGUGGAUUGACAGUAAGGAGAUUUUUCUGCAUCAACUCAUCAGCUGCUUAGCUAUCUAGCGUUAGCUAGCUUCAUCUAGGAUAGAGAGAUGGAGCUACAGGCGGUGUUGAUGGCGGCUGGAGGGGGGUCUCGCAUGAUGGACCUGACUUACAGCAUGCCUAAACCCCUACUUCCGGUCGGAAACAAGCCUCUCAUCUGGUACCCCCUGAACUUGUUGGAGAAAGUGGGCUUUGAAGAGGUUAUCGUCAUCACAACCAAGGAGGUCCAGAAGCUUCUGAACCCCGACACCAAGAUGAAGCUGGACGUGGUGUGUAUCCAGGACGAGGCGGACAUGGGCACAGCUGACGCCCUGCGACACAUCCAGCAGAAGAUCAAGACGGAUGUCCUGGUGGUGAGCUGUGACCUCAUCACGGACUCGGCCCUGCACGAGGUGGUGGACCUGUUCCGCGCCCACGACGCCGCGCUCUCCAUGCUGAUGAGCAGAUCCCACGAGUUCACCGAGACCGUCCCGGGGCAGAAGGGCAAGAAGAAGGGAGGGGAACAGAGGGACUUUGUGGGGGUGGACAGCUCAGGAAAGAGGCUCCUGUUCAUGGCCAAUGAGGCGGACCUGGAUGAAGACCUCGUCAUCAGGAAGUCCAUCAUGCGCAAACACCCCAGGAUGCGGAUCAGAACCGGCCUGCUGGACGCCCACCUGUACUGCCUGAAGAAGUCCGUCGUCCACUUCCUCGCAGAGAACAAGUCCAUCUCUUCUAUUCGUGGUGAAUUGGUUCCUUAUUUGGUGCGCAAACAGUUCUCCAAAUCUGUCGGGUCACAAAAGAACAAGGAGGAUUUGGAUCAGAACCAGAAAAAGGACACGAACACAAGCGCGGAGAUCCAGAUCUCCUCCAAAGACGAGGAGCAGCUGCAGCUGGCGCGGGAGAGGUCCUGCUGGAACGAUCACCACGGCGACAUGUGCGAGGCCUACCACGGCGGGAAGCUGCGCUGCUACGUCCACAUCAUGGAGGAGGGCCUCUGCUACCGCGUCAACACGCUGGCCGCAUACAUCGAGGCCAACCGACAGGCCCCCAAGCUGACCGAGGAGCCCGCGGUCCACCCAUCUGCAGCCAUCUCCGAACGCAGUCUGGUCGGUCCUGACAGCGUAAUUGGACCUUUCUGCCAGAUUUCAGACAAGACAUCGAUCAAGCGCUCAACGAUCGGAGCGUCCACAGUGGUGAAGGAGAAGGUUAAAAUCGCCAGCUCCAUUAUAAUGAGUGGAGUCACUGUCGAAGAAGGGUGUAACAUCCAGGGCAGCGUCAUCUGCAGCAACGCCGUGAUUGGACGAGGCUCCGACAUCAAGUACUGCUUAGUGGGGAGCUCCCAGCGCAUCGAGCCCGAGGCUGAAAGAACCAAUGAGGUCAUCGUUGGAAGCGACCAGCUGAUGGAGAUCUAGAUGCGGCGGAAAGCACCUGAAGGAUCCGGAAGUUUCCGGCGUGGAGUUCGUGCACCUGACGGCCGCGGCGAGGCCACGGGCGUCGUCACGGACACUAAUCCCUGUUCGCCUCUAUUUUUUUUAUAUAAGGUGUCCAAAUAAAAGCAGAUUUAUUUAUCUCAAAA